CGCAGUGCGCUCUCUCCUCCUAUCAGUGCCGCAGGAAAAGCGCAGAGAAGACGCCGCGGAAAGAUAGAGGCAGAGAGGAAAACUGUUAGAAAAAAGAAAGAAGAACAACAUGAAAAACAAACAAUGUCUGUAGUUCCUGAGUGAAACUGUCCGCCGGUGUCGGACUGUAGCUCUCAUCCUCUGCCGCACAGCUGCUCCGUUAUGUCGGACAAUCUGAGGAGGAUAAUGUCUGGGAAUGGAGGAAAUCUUCAGAAAUCCUGCUGCUAAAAACUGCGCCGCGCUGUCCGAGUUUAAGGAUAUUACUGAGACAUUUAAGUGAGGAUGGUGCUGGUGUAACCGAGGAUCCAACUCAUCGUGCUCUCCAGCAACCAGGCCACGCACAAAGUUUUUUUCCAUUUUUUUUUUUCAGGAGAAGGGGAAAUUUUGCUGCAUUGAAUUCCUCUGGACGGGAUGUCAUCCGCAGUCAGGAGGAAUUCCUCUGGCUGACUGAUCCUCCAGCUGCAGUGUAGCGGGAUCCCGAGAGACAGAAGAUGGGAGAUGCGGCAGAUGACAGAGGGAUGAGACGGACCUUCAUCGUCCCCACCAUCAAGAGCUUCGAUCACUACGACUUCACCAGGGCCAAAAUAUCAUGCAGCCUGACGUGGCUCGUGGCCAAGGCUUUCGGCUCGGAUGCUGUACCAGAGGAGCUGGCCGAGCCUUUAUACAGGGACCAGUACAACCAGGAGCACCUGAAGCCUCCGGUGGCCUGCCUGCUGCAGUCUGCAGAGCUCUACUGCCGGGCGGGAAGCCUGAUCCUCCGCAGUGAUGCUGUCAAACCUUUACUGGGACACAACGCUGUCAUCCAGGCUCUGGCACAGAAAGGCCUGUACGUCACUGACCAGGACCGACUGGUCACUGAGAGAGAUCUGACUAGCACACCUAUACACAUGAGUUCUCAUCUGGCGCUCAUAGACACCCUGAUGAUGGCGUACACUGUAGAGAUGGUGAGUGUGGAGAGGGUGAUGUCCUGCAUCAACAGGUACUCUUCAGCUGAACCCUCACACAGUGACGGACACAUCCAGGAGCUGCCUUAUGACACAGAGGAUGCAAUCGCCACCUGGAUCAACAAGGUGAAUGAACACUUGAGGGACAUCCUCGUCGAAGAGCAAAAGCUGAGAGAGGCUUCCCUCCAGGAGUCAAACGCAACAACACACAAAGCUCGCUACAGGAGGGAGCAUGCCCAGCAUAGGAGCGCUCCAGUACUCCCCCUGGUGGAGAACCUGCUGAAGGACAACACAGACGGCUGUGCCCUCACCGCCCUGCUGCACUUCUACUGCCCACAGGCUGUCAGACUGGAAGAUAUCUGCCUCAAGGAGACCAUGUCUUUGGCGGACAGUCUGUACAACCUCCAGCUGGUGCAGGAGUUUUGCAGGAACAACCUCAACCACUGCUGUCACUUCAGCCUGGAGGACCUGCUCUAUGCACAUGCAUCCAUAAAGAGUAACUACCUGGUGUUUAUGGCUGAGCUUUUCUGGUGGUUUGAAGUGGUUAAACCCUCAUUCGUACAGCCCAGAGUCUUCGAUCCAAACGCCUGUGAGCCUGUGUCCUGUAGAAAUAUGGCUCCUGUGUCCAGUCCAGUCAAACAAAGCUAUGCAGACAGACCUGACAGCCCAGAGAACAUCCCAGCACACGGUAUAAUGAAGAGGUCUAACUCCAUGUCCUACGUGGAUGGCUGUGUUGGGACAUGGCCCAAAGAAAAACGCUCCUCCUCUCGGGGAAUCUCCUUUGAGAUUCCACUGGAUGGAGACCCGACUGUGCCGCUGUGUGAAGCUCCCUCCCUCCGCGGGAUGACUCGCUCUGCCAGUAGUGACGGUCUCGGAUUCAAAGUUCACUAUGCAUCUCGAGGGGGCAUGAGGCGCCACCUCUCCCUCAUGCCUGUUGAUGUAAACGGCCAGGGCAGACACAUACCUGAGGAGGAUGAGGACUUCACCCCCCACAAACCCCUGGGGCGGAACAACACAUUCUCAGUCAAGAACCAAAGCAGGUACUCUAAUGGAGUCCUUCCAGACAGCAGCCACAGCCCCAACAAUCACCACGGCAACCACAGUGGCCACAUCAGCCCAUCAACUCCUCCGAGCAUUGAAGAGGCCCUGAAGAUUAUCCACGACACUGAACGGCCCCACGCUAGCCUGGGCGUGGGAGACGGAGACAAUGGCUUCUUUCUCCACGGCGCAGAGCCUUCAGACCCUUUAGACCCUCCAGGGGCCCAAGGUCAAGGAGACGACCCGGGUUCAGCUAAGGCUCGGCUGAACGACCAUGAUGCCAACUCUGUGUCCACCGAUGAAGUUGACACGGGCAUCCAUGUGAGGACUGAGGACAUCCAGAGCUUGGAUGAGGACUCCUCCUCUCUGAGAGACUAUUCAGACAUAGACCCAGACUGUGAGGCCAUGACGCGGUCGUGCCCGCUGCCUGACCAGCAGGUGAAGGAGAGAAGCAGGGAAGGAGGACGGAGAGAGGUCGUUGAUGCUAACUACGAUGGUGAGAGGGGUGGCGGAGGUGAGAGGAGCAGCCCCUGUCCCAGUUCAGUGCCCACAAUCCCCAGAUCCCACACGGUCAGCCCCACCUCGUCCUCUGGGGGCUCUGGAGGAGGAAUGGUCCGGAUGACGAGCUUUGCAGAGCAGAAGUUCAGGAAGCUGGAAGGAAGGAGCAGCGGAGGAACCACUCCAGAGAGUUCAGAUCUCAAUGUGCCGUAUACACACCCGCCAAAAAGCAUCUCUUCUCAGAUAUCUACACCUCCUUUGCCAAUCACAUCUCCCUCUCCAGUGACGCCUUCCCCCAGAGAUCCAUCCCACCUGAUAGCCUCAGAGAUGAUUCAGCUGAGGAUGAAGCUGGAGGAGAAACGUAGAGCCAUUGAAGCCCAGAAGAAAAAGGUGGAAGCAGCGUUCACCCGCCAUCGUCAGAGGAUGGGCAGAACAGCCUUUCUGAAUGUAGUGAGAAGAAAAGGAAUCACUGCCCCUCUCAGCCCAAGCUCAGCGGCAGCAGAAACGCCUUCUCCAGAGCCACUCACAGCCUCAAAGGAAACCAGCCAGGGCAGCAUGGAGCGGGCGGAGAGAUGCAAGCCAGACGGAGCAGCUCCUAAAUCCCCCUGUGAGGAUGGUGGAGGUGUGGCUCCAGGAGAGAUCGACCUUACAGAAUACACACGCUCCAUUGAGAGGCUGAACACGUCGCUGGGCUUCCUGCAGACGGAGAUGCAGCGUUUGGCUCAGCAGCAGGAGAAGAUCAUGUCCAUGAGAGAGCAGCAGCAACAAGCCUGGGUCAUUCCUCCUCCUGCUCCAUCUCCACACAGGCAGCUCCGUGAGUUACGCAGCAGCAGUGUAACGGGCCGGGGGUCAGGCCGAGGCUCCGUUGGGUCAUUGUCUCCCAUCCUGUCUUCUUCUGGCUCUCCCCGCGCUCCCAAUCGUUCCCCUGCUGGCAUUAAGCGGCGGCCGGCCUCCUUCCACGCAAGGACACCUCGGACUCCGCGACCAAAUGAUCUGAAGGUCACACCUUUCAGUCGAAUGCUCAACACCCCCACCUCAGUGGACAGCCUGCCCAGACUGAGGCGUUUCACCUCCAGCCAAACCCAGAUCAGCUCGUUUGCUUACUUGGGCCACGAUGAGGGGCAACAGGACAGAAAGAACCAAGAGGCCAAGGACAACAAAGAAAACAAUAAGGACAAAGAAGAGGCAGCAGUAAAGAAGAGUGCUGGCACUCCUCCGCCUUCUACUAAAGAAGCAGCCAAAGAGAAGGAAGAUGAGCGACAGGAGGAAAGAAAGAAGUGUGAAAUCAAACAGAGGUCGUCAGAAGUUUUGUGUCAACCGGUGUCUGAGAUCCAAGGGCCCACAAGCAGCCGGGUCAAGGGGGACUCCCAGGACAAGAGAGACCUGGUGGAGGUGCCUCUGUCUGGGCUGAAACCUUCAGGAGGAGCAGCUGAGGGAGGUGGAGAGGCAGGAGGAGACACAUAUGGAGAAGACCAAAAGAUGUGCUGUGGAUUCUUCUUCAAGGAUGAUGUGAAAGGAGAAGACGACAUGGCAGCAAAGAAAGCAGCUCUGCUGGAGAAGAGGCUGCGGAGGGAGAAGGAGACGCAGGAGAAGAAGCAACAGCAGGAGCUGGACCAGGAGCAGAAGCGGGAAGCUGCACGGUUAAAAGCUGAGGAGGAGCAACAGAAGAAGGACGAAGAGAAGGCGAGGAGGGAAUACAUCAAGAAUGAAUAUAUGAGGAGGAAGCAGCUCAAGCUGAUGGAUGACAUGGACGAGGUCAUCAAGCCCCGGUCUGGAAGUCUCAAGAAGAAGCCUCGACCCAAGUCCAUCCACAGAGACGUCAUGGAGUCGUCAACGCCCCCUGUGAGAGCGACAGGCGUGCGUCCACGAGGCUUCUCAGUGUCAAGUGUUUCUUUGGCAUCUCUCAAUCUGGCUGACAAUGACAGAGAUCAGCCAAACAACAGGAAGAACAACAGAGGCAAUAAAGUAGCCCAUAUCCCGUUCUAUCUAAGCUCUCCCAAAGAAAGAAAGGGAAGGCCGGACUCCGCAGAGGGUUUUUCUUCAUGUCCUUCGACUGGUAGUCGUAACGGAGAGAAGGAUUGGGAAAAUGACUCCACCACCUCAUCCACUCCCUCCAACAAUGAGUACACAGGACCCAAACUAUACAAGGAGCCUAGUGCCAAGUCCAACAAGCACAUCAUCCAGAACGCGCUGGCUCACUGCUGCCUGGCUGGCAAGGUCAACGAAGGGCAGAAGAACAAGAUACUUGAUGAAAUGGAGAAAUCUGAAGCUAAUAACUUCCUGGUGUUGUUCCGUGACGGCGGAUGCCAGUUCAGGUCUGUGUACGCCUACUGCCCCGAGACAGAGGAGAUCACCAAACUGGCCGGCAUCGGGCCAAGAAGCAUCACGACCAAGAUGAUUGAGGGCCUGUACAAGUACAACUCGGACAGGAAGCAAUUCAGCCAGAUCCCAGCCAAAACCAUGUCUGCCAGCGUGGACGCCAUCACCAUCGCCAGCCAUCUGUGGCAAACCAAGAAGCAGGGGACGCCCAAAAAACUGCACACUAAGUAGCACCAGAUGGCCCGGGCAAGAUUUGCAUCUCUGGAACAAACACAGGAGAAUUUGUGGAUUUUACUAUUUCAUUAAAUGGACACAUGGUCCCACUGUAAUAAAUCACAACUGGAAUGUAGAACACAAACGGGCCUCACAGGCGUUGUUGUUACAGAGUUGACUGUUGUGCUCUGGACAACUUAAAAGGGGCACAAGUGUGUACUUGUCAGCAUGUGUAUCAAUGUUCUCAUGUGCCAAAAAAAGAGAAGAAAAGGCGGACCAAUGCCUUACCUAGUUGAACCACUGAAGCACUGAAUGUCACACCUCAGAGAGGUAGUUUGGUUUCUAUAAGUUGAUCAUGCGUGGCCUUAUGCUUGUUUUGUGUCAUAUGGAUGCACCGUGAGUGUCGGUGUCAUUUGUCAGCGCCUUUUGAAAAUGUCCGUUGUGAUACAGGAGAGGUUGUGUGUACUCAUAGGUCUGGGAUCAGAUAACAUCGCCUGCAAGUUGUUAUAAAGGUGGUGUGACUGAUCUGUGAUCAGGUAGAGGCAGCAUUUUUGAUGACCGUUCUGCUGCUACACAGGCAUGUUUUUUUUUUUUUUGUUGUUUUUUUUAACAUGUGACUGAAAAACAGUUCAAAUUUGUGUAUGUGUGUGUAUAGUGAAGUGCCAUGACGAGUGAGGAAAAUACCUCAGUUGGUGAUUGCAAUUACUUUCCAAAAGUGUGAGAGCAUAUGGAGUACCAUGAGACAAUUCUGGAUAGCACCUGCAAUAUAAUUUAUUUCAUUUUGAUAAUGCUUUGAAGAUAUUUUAAAAGGCGUCUCAGAUUUUAUCCAGAGAAACAUAAUAUAGUGUGCGUAUAUAAGUUUAAUUCGUUUGUAUAUGAUGGCAGAUCCAUUCGAAAACAAACAAGUCCGCUUGCAGUAGCUUUGGAGUAGCUUUUAUAAUUUAUCACGUGUGUGUAUCAGUACGUAUGUCGUUGUUUGGGGCCUUUAAUUGUGCUACAAAUGCAAAAAUUGUCACCACUGAUAAGAUGAUCAUCAGUAGUAGAAUAGACGGAAAUCCACCCUGUGUCAACUGUCUGUGCAAUCUAAGAGUAAUUUCAAUAAUCACCAUUGACCAUGUUGCGGUUGGAACUAACAAAUACUCAAGAUGCCACUUUCACGUGGAUAUUGUCUUCACGUUUAGAUCCUGAUUACCCCCCUGAAGUAGUUCACACUUGUAAAUAAAUAAAUUAAUUCACCUAUGAUAGCACUUCAAGACCCUGUCCACUGUCGUUAGGUCAUUCAGGACUGUCAUGCUUGUUACUUUACUUUUACAUUAUUGUUACUUCUUUUUUUUUUUUUAAAUCACGUUCUUUCAGUAUGUGUUGACACUGUACAGAUAUAUUUUUGGCAUAUAGAAGUAUUUUUUGUAAUGACAUUGACCUGUCGGAGGUGUGAACUAAUGAAGCAGUUGUUGAAGGAAAUGUGUUGAAAGCAAAGGCAAAGUCUUAAUGAGGCUUUAUUGUGGUAUUGUAUGAAAUCCAUUAAGUAUACUGAAAAAAAUCACAGUAUUUUUUUCCAACUCUGAAUUCAUUUUCUUUCCAAUUUACUAAAUAUGCUGAACUGUUACUUGGAUUUUUUGUUUGUUUUUUGUUUUUUUAUUACUUUGAGCUUUAUUAAAAUGCCAGCUAUCAACAGUA